AUGAUGAGGGCCCCUCUCUUCUUCUUUGCUGCUGCUGCAGCACUCUGGGGGCCCCCAGCAGCAGCAGCACUCCGUCGGCUGUCUCCUUCAUCUACGGGGGCCCAUCUAGGGGCCCCCGUAGAGGGUCCCCUAGUAGGGGGGGCCCUAAGGGGGUCCCAAGGGGGCCCCCAAGAGGACCCAGAAGAGCUGCUGCUGCAGCAUAGGAGCAACGGGGACAGGAUAAGUCUAAUGCAGCAGCAGCAGGAAGAAGAAGAAGAAAAGGAGACAAAAGGAGACACAUUAGGGGGAGAGACAGAGGAAGGAGACAGUAUAGGGGAUACAGAAGGAGGAGACAGUAUAGGGGAGACAGAAGAUUCAGCAGCAGCAGCAGCAGGAGGAGGAGGAGGAGGAGAGGGAGAAGAAGGAGACAAUACAGCAGCAAAUGCUUCCGCAGCAGCAGCAGCAGCAGCAGCACAACCAGCAGCAGGAGAAGCAAAUAAAGAAGAGACAGAUAUAGAGGCAUUGUCUGGUGUAUUAACAGAAGAGGAGACACCUGAAUCAGAGGGACCUGCUGCAGCAACUGCAGCAGGAGAAGCAGCAGAAGGUGCUGCAGCAGCAGAAGCAGGAGAAGGUGCUGCAGCAGAAGAAGGUGCAGCAGCAGAAGCAGGAGAAGGCGCUGCAGCAGAAGAAGGUGCAGCAGCAGAAGAAGGUGCUGCAGCAGAAGAAACAAAAGAAGGUGCAGCAGCAGCAGGAGAAGCAGCAGCAGCAGCAGCAGCACCACAAGGUAUAGAGGAGACACAAGGAGAGGGUAUUGAGGAGACACCUCAAGGAGAGCAAGAGGAGACAGCAGCAGAAGAGACAGAACCUGCUGCUGCUGCUGCUGCAGCACCAGCACCACCAACAGGGCCCCCCCAAGCAACUGGGGCCCCCUUCCUCCCUACGGAGACAGCUACAGGACCAGCAGCAGCAGCAGCAGCAGCUGAACCGGAGCAGGAGCCAGCUGCAGAAAGGGUACCAGAGGGGCCCCCCAUGGGGCCUCCUGCAACGGAGGUAGUAUCUCCAGGGGCCCCAAAAGAGGGUGCUGCUGCCACUCCUUCUCCUGCUGCUGGUGCUGCUGGUGGUGGUGGUGGUGCUGCUGCUGCUGAUGCUGCUGCUGCUGCUGCUGCUGCUGCACCUGUGAGUCUAUGGACCCGACGUUUCUUAGCAAGAGGGAGAGGAAUGUUUGGGGCUUUAGCGCAUGCAGAUAUAAUGCAAACAUUUAGUAAGAGGAACAAAGACAUAAAAGAUAGCCGUUUAUUUAUGAAUAAAUUAACUAAUAAAUUUAAUUUAUUAAGGAGACAGGUGCAGCAAGCAAGACAACUGCAGCAGCAGCAAAUGCAGCAGCAAAUCAUAAUGCAGCAGCAGCAGCAGCAGCAACAUCAGCAAGGUACUAACCUACAACCACAACUAAAUAAACAGGAAAAAAGGGAAGAAAAAAAACAACAAGACAAAGAACAGCAACAGCAACAAGAGCAGCAACAGCAAGAAGAACAAGGACAGCAGCAGCAGCAGCAAGAGCAGCAAGAGCAGCAAGAGCAGCAGCAGCAGCAACCGCAGCAGUAA